UCCGACUUCUUUUUCUCAUCCCAAGCAUUUCGAUUUUCUAUUUAGUUUUCUCUUCCUCCAAUUAAGAUGCAGAUCUUCGUUAAGACCCUGACCGGCAAGACCAUCACCCUCGAAGUCGAGAGUUCCGACACGAUCGACAACGUUAAGGCGAAAAUCCAAGACAAGGAAGGGAUCCCACCAGACCAACAACGUCUCAUCUUCGCCGGAAAACAGCUCGAAGAUGGCCGGACCUUGGCCGAUUACAACAUCCAGAAGGAGUCCACCCUCCAUCUCGUCCUCCGUCUACGUGGUGGCAUGCAGAUCUUCGUCAAAACCCUGACCGGCAAGACCAUAACUUUGGAAGUCGAAAGCUCUGACACCAUUGACAACGUCAAGGCCAAGAUCCAAGACAAGGAAGGCAUCCCACCAGACCAGCAAAGGCUCAUCUUUGCCGGGAAACAACUCGAGGACGGUCGCACCUUGGCCGAUUACAACAUCCAGAAGGAGUCGACCCUCCAUUUGGUAUUGAGGCUUCGUGGUGGGAUGCAGAUUUUCGUCAAGACGUUGACUGGGAAAACCAUAACUUUGGAGGUGGAGAGUUCCGAUACGAUCGACAAUGUUAAGGCGAAGAUUCAGGACAAAGAAGGGAUUCCACCAGAUCAGCAAAGGUUGAUUUUCGCUGGGAAACAGUUGGAAGAUGGAAGGACUUUGGCUGAUUACAAUAUUCAGAAGGAAUCCACUCUCCACCUUGUCUUGCGUCUUCGUGGUGGUUUCUAAGCUCUCCUAUGAAAAUGAGGUUUCUGGAUUUUAUGUGAAUGAUUGUGAUGUCUGGCCCUGUUAAGGCCUCAUAAAUAAACCUAAACUAUUUUAUCUAUGUUUUAUCUUAUGUAAUGAUAUUAUAUGAAUAAAAAUUACAUGUUUACCUUAA